GUAAAAAAUAAUAAUAAUAAUAAUUAAAAAAAAAAAAAAAAAAUUCUUUCUCUUCAACUGUAGAGAAAAAAAGAUCUUCUUCUGGUUUCGAUUUGCUUUGCGUCCAAAAUCCACAAAUUUCCUGCUUCAUAAUCUAUGGUUUGCUCGAUUAUUUCAGUUUUCUAAUUUUUUCCUUUCUCAGCUCACUUUUACUCGGGUGGAGUUGCUGCAUUUGGAUUUUGCACCAAGUUGGAGGCCAAACGGAAUUUAACCUUGAAACUCUUAAAGUCACAGUGCAUGAGUGUCUAGCAUUCUUGUGAUGCCUUAGCAUGGAGAUGGAGUCACAGGUCUCCUUGGACUCAAAGGCACUUUUUCGUGGUGAGAAUACUUCAAUUCAGCAAAGGGAUCCUAGCAUAACAUCAUUGAUCCCAGAUUACGUCGAGCCACAACAGCCAGUGAAGAAACCAACACGGCAAUGGGCUGCUUGGACACGUGAAGAGGAGGAAAGCUUUUUCACUGCAUUACGUCAAGUUGGCAAGAACUUUGAGAAGAUAACUCGUCGUGUCCAAAGCAAAAACAAGGAUCAGGUCAGGCAUUACUACUAUCGUCUUGUGAGGCGUAUGAACAAGUUGCUGGGUCCAGGAUUAUGUUUAGAUGCCAAAAACUCUAAAGAUACUAAUGCUGCAAUGCUUCGAUGGUGGUCUUUAUUGGAAAAAUACAGCUGCAAAGCCUCAAAGCUACAUCUGAAGCCACGAAGGUUUAAGAUAUUUAUAGAAGCACUGGAGAACCAACUCUUGAAAGACCGUAAGAAGAAUGUAAGGAGAAGACCUUCACAGUUGGAAAAUGGUUCUCCUUCAGUUCCAAGCAAUGUUAAUAAUCAGAAUAGAGCACCAGGGAAUGAAACUCGAACUGUUAAGCUGGUUCUUAUGGAUACUCAAAACUUACAAAGGUUAGGAUCAGGAAAGGGCUCAUUAAAACGAAAUAUGAAUAUAAGUAUUAUACGCAGCAACAGAGGAGACUCAGCUGCAAUGAAACCUGCAAGGCAAAGACGGAAACAAGUAGGUGUUGUCUCAUCAGCUGCAUAUAAGAAGUGGGAAAAAGCUGCAAUUGCUGGUGUUUCCUUAGUUGCUGAUGCUGCUGAGCAUUUGGAAAGGGAAACUACUGAUAAAGAGGUUGAGCAUGACCAGGGUAUGGCAGAUCAAAAGAGUCCUGACCCUGUUGAAAAAGGUCUGCGCCCUUUGCCUUCUUUUUCACAAAACCAUUGUGUUGAUUCUUACACUAAUAUAAAACUUAAGCUCCAGUUAUUUCCAAUCGAUGAUGGCACUCGAAGAGCCUUAGAAAUGGAUAAUCAUAAUCCACACCUGGAGCUCACUCUCAGUACUCGGAAAAGGAUAUCAUCUGUGUUGGAACACCUAAACCGGAAAUGGGGCAAUUCAAGUAUAGCAUCUGGAGAGUUGAUGCUUUUCCCUUACAGUGUUCAUAGAGAAAAUCUCACUGGCUAUCAGAGAUGGACUCAAGACUCCAUUGUCAGUGCAGUAGAUGUAUACACUUCAAUUGGAAGCCCUUCAGUGUUCCGCCUGAGGUAUGGUUGGUUUUCCAACACCGAUGUUGCAUCUGUUGCAUUGCAAGCAACUCCAUCAUCCAGUUACAUUCCAGGUGGGAAUACUUUGGACAUAGAAAAUGAAACGAGGAUUAUGAAUCCUGUAUCCACAUCUGGGCUGUCAACCAAUGAUCUUUCUGAGACAUGUAAGGAUCAACUUGCCACAGUGAAAAAGAGUCAUGCUUCUGCACCCUCUUCCACAGAUGUUUCCAGUGAGAUUAGUGGGUCCAUUGCCACAGGACCAAGAACUGGCUUUGUAGAAUCAUCUGCUGCUGCAGCAGGUGCAUCGUGGCAUGAAGAGGGUAUUGGUGAUAGGGUGAAUAUGAAACAAUUGGAUGAUGCUGAUGACCUGAGACUGAGCAAUAGUGCUGCUCUAUCUGCUGGCGAAUGGGCUGACAGCCUCACCAAUAUCAGUGUUGGAGAUCUACUGUCAGAAGUGUCUCGUGAUGUAAUCCCUAACUGCAUCGAAACCCCUCUUGCUCAAAGCGGUCAAUGUCUUCAGCAGAUACCAUUCAGCUGUGAUUCAUUUGAUGCUGCAAUUGCUGCUCAUAUGUCGAGACAUCAAAAUAAGAUACUACCAUCCACGUUAACAUCCCACACAUCUUCGAUCUGGGAUGCUGAAGAAACAUGUGAUGCCUUCAUAUUUCAGAAGAAUCGUGCUCUGCGCCAGGAAAAUCCUACUUCCGCUGUUGACUCUGCAGGAAUUGAACAACAGACUAACAAACUAACCUCUGGAACCUUUGUUGAGCGGCUAGCUGGUGGGGAUUGUCCAGCUGCCGGAGACCCUAUGGAUGAAUGCCCACCUGAUCUACAGGUUUUCAGUAACUCAGCUAAAGAUUUUACUGGGUUAACAGAUAUCUACUGGCCAGAAUCUUUAGGACCAUUAGAUCUUGAUUUGCCACCUUCCAAAUACCACAGCGAAGAGUUCAUUCUAAGUGAUAGCCUUAGCGGCUUAAAUCGUCUGAUAGCCAGCAGCUUGGAUGCAUUUCAAAAUUGCUCCUUUUUUGGUCUCGAUAGGAAAGACGGAACAACAAUACUUGAAGCUCGAGAAAGUUGCUCGUUUUCAGAUUUUAAAAUUGGCAGUGGGGUAUGAAAUUCGCUAAGUGUGCAUCUCAAGAGAUUCUAUUGUAAGAAAGCAUGCACAAACCCUGUUGGAAUAGAAUGACACAUAAUUUUCCAUUUCACUGACGUGAGAGAGUGUGCUGAAGGGAUUGGUGCAAGCCAAGAAAAUUCUGGUUGUGUGGGAAAGUCCCCGGAUCAGAGUCUCCAGCAUAUGUACAAAUAUAGACGUGGAUAAUUUCAUACGUUUUCUCUUUGUAUUUCCAAUACGACCCUGUAAAUUGUUAUUCAGCACUGCUGUAACUGUGCAACCCUUAUCUGAAAUGACAUUGUUCAUUCUAGUUCUGUUCUCAA